GGGUCCCGGCGGGAGGCAGGACUUCCGCUCCCUCGGGCGCAAGUCCGUCAGGAGGCGGAAGCGUAGCGGGGGCGGGAAGGUUGGAGCGUGGGGCGUUGAGCUCCCUUUGCAGGAGUGGUCGCGCCCCCCUGGAGAGCCGAGCUCUGCCCGCUCCGCAGUUCUAGCGCCCUCGCCUCCGUGGUGAUUGCAAAGCGCUGACCACUUGCCACUGGAUAGAAUUGAAACAAAAUAGGAAGAUGGCAGCAAAUUCUUCAGGACAAGGUUUUCAAAACAAAAACAGAGUUGCAAUCUUGGCAGAACUGGACAAGGAGAAAAGAAAAUUACUUAUGCAGAACCAAUCUUCAACAAAUCAUCCUGGAGCUAGCAUCACACUGUCGAGACCGGCUCUGAAUAAGGACUUCCGGGACCACGCCGAGCAGCAGCACAUCGCCGCCCAGCAGAAGGCAGCGCUGCAGCAUGCUCAUGCACAUUCAUCUGGAUACUUCAUUACUCAAGACUCCGCAUUUGGGAAUCUUAUUCUUCCCGUUUUGCCUCGCCUUGACCCAGAAUGAAGAAAGUAUUUGUGAUCAAAGUGACUUUGCAAUAUCAGACUCCAAAGCUGCUGUCAUUCAGUGCUAUACAAACUAUGACUUUCGGAAUUUUGGUGAACUUUUAUAUUUUUGGCUUCUUUGAAAGAAAACAUGUAAGUGAAACCCGAAAGCAGGGUCACCAGGAUGACGGGCGCUUCGGCUGCGGUAUCACCUGAGGCCUGGAGGACCACCUGUGACCGUAGCUGAUAAUGCUGUUGGUUUUGAACUCAAAAUCAGACUCCAGACUAGAUGGGCACAUCAGAUCACCCCCAAGGUGGACUGAAUAGACCUCGUCCACAAUAGGUUUUCAAGAACCAUUUAUAGUACUUAAUAUUAAAGAAAUGAGGGUGCUCUUUUAAAAAUGGGAGCCAAGAGGCUUCCAUAAGUUACAUUCGUGUUUGCAGUUUCUAGGGCUGAUGUGUACCUGUUGAGUUUACAGUCAACCUCUCAUUUGGCAACAUUGUGAACUCUUAACUAGUUCCUCUAUUCUUAGUUUUUAAAGAAAACCCAGGGCAAGACUGAAUUGUCAACCAGUCUUAAAUUCUUUCAUAAACAUGCUGUUACGUACGAUGUGACUAAAUGCCAUUAAAAACAAUAAGAAAGGUGGGUUUAAAACCUGUA